AUGAUACCGGAAGCAAGCCGAGAGACCGUUCUGAGGACUGUCGAAGACUCUUUGGCUACGGAUGUGGAACAUCUCGAGUUUUCGUCGUUACUGUCCCGAGCUGUACCUACAGAGAGCGAGGUGGCCAUAGACCGCACUCCCAGCAGGCUCUCGACAUCCACGCUCAAUGCCCCAUCAGACCGCCAUGAGAGCGACGCAGGGUCUGUGAUGACGAGAUCGCCUGCCGCAGGCCCAUGGCGGCUCCAUCGAAGCCUUGCAUCCAAAGACAAGACAUUUGAAGAUUCCAUGUCCUUCCUGGAACGGUCGCCGCCUAUGCCGGGGACAGUCGAUAUGAGCCCUCCAGACGGCAGAGAACGUACUCAGCAGCACAGUCCAAUCCUUGGCAAAGUUGACCCCACAGGCACCAGCCAAUGUGGACCCGAAAUACCGAAAAGCAAGACCCUAUCUCGCAAGGAGAUACUCAACAAGGUUGGGUGCCAACCAAGAGAUCGCACCGAAGAGGCUGUCUGUGACGGGGACCUAGCAGCCUUGGCAACCAUCUUGAGCAAAAAGAAAGGAUUCUGGAAAUCGAGCCUGCGCAAGCGGGGCCGCCCGGAACGUGUGACUGCACUGCAUUUCGCUGCACUAUUCGGCGAAAUCGACAUGGCACAGCGCCUCAUUGACGCAGGUUUUGACGUUAACGAGGUUCCUUUUGGCUAUUCAACGAGACUGACACCACUGAACUUUGCCAUUGGCGCUCGUCAAGUAGAUAUGGUCAGUUUGUUGGCUGCGCAUGGGGCAAAGCCAGCGCAUCCAGACACCUGGUCCACAUUAGCAGGGCAGCUGCUAAGUCGCUCAUGGCUGAUGAAGACCAUGUCAGAUUCCGAGCGCAAUCUGGUACCGUCGCGAAUAAUUGCAAUCAUGGAUAUCUUACUGAAAUGUGGGUGGGACAUUGACACACCAAUAUCGACGACUGCUGGCACAAUGCUACACCAAGCUGUGUCGUUCUGGACUGGCGCAUACAAGUGGGACCUCAAUCUUCGUGCCGCGGUGACUUCGUUUCUAUGCGAAAGAGGCGCAAGUCCCUUCGAAACGAACGGAGAAGGCAAGACCCCUUAUGACCUGGCUGCCGCUUCAGAGCAUCAUGACCUUAUACAAAUUUUUGAAGCGUGCGUGAGACGCAAGGAACUUCUCGGGACGUCAGCGAUGCCUGUGGAACUGCCGGGACAGAUCCCUUGGUAG